GCGUGCGUACUAUCGACUCCAUUUUGUUAUUCGCAUAGUUGGCAAGAGGCCAAAUGAUUACAGUGUAUUAAUAAAACAGAAGGAUAGUUUAUGUAGACGGGGAAAAACUUACAUUUUUCGGUUUAAAUCAGUGAUAUAACGUUCAAAAAUUGUGACAAAAUGGCUGAUGAUGAAAAAAGUAGGAAUGUGUUCAAGGCAAAGUUGUCGGAACAGGCAGAAAGAUACGACGAAAUGGCGGAUUGUAUGAAAAAGGUCGCCCAGGCAGGUGGGGCUUUAUCGGCUGAAGAGAGGAAUUUACUCUCGGUAGCUUACAAAAAUGUGGUCGGGGCACGUCGCUCAUCAUGGCGCGUCCUUACGAGUAUAGAGCAAAAGGAGUCGAGCGAGAAACAAGAAACGGCAAAAAAUUACCGUAUGAAAGUAGAAAAAGAAUUAACGGACAUUUGUGAAAGCGUCAUUAGUCUACUCGAUUCUACACUGAUAGAGAAGGCGGUGGAUAGUGAGAGUAAAGUGUUCUUUCUGAAAAUGAAAGGCGAUUAUUAUCGUUAUUUGGCCGAAGUGAUGGAAAAGAAGGAGGAUGUCGUUAAUAAGUCGAAAGAUGCUUACGAAGAAGCUAUGAAGAAUGCUGAAAGUAUGCCAUCCACCCACCCGAUCCGGCUAGGGCUCGCUCUGAACUAUUCCGUGUUUCAUUAUGAGAUUAUGAACAAUCCUAAAGUGGCUUGCGAGAAGGCGAAAUUGGCGUUUGACGAUGCUAUUGCAGAGUUAGACAGUUUACAAGAAGAUGCUUACAAAGAUAGCACCCUAAUUAUGCAAUUGCUAAGGGACAAUCUAACUCUCUGGACCUCAGAAAAAGAAGCUGACCAGGACGAUGAUCAAUAAUUAGAGACAAUUUUUUAAAAGAAACUAUUCAUUUAGGAUAUUUAUCAAAAUAAGUAACUACCAUUUAAUAAAUCACUUUAACAAAUUGUUAUGUAUGUGAAAUAAUAGCAAACAAAUACAGUAAUUUGCAAUAUAGUAAGUGUAUAUGUCAAAAUGUCAGUUAAGCAUACAUGUAUUUUCAUAUACAUAUAAUGUAGGUCAUAUAUACAUCACUGCAUGCCUAUGUUUGCAUAUAUUUAAAUUCAUAUAUAGUGCAACUAUUCUGCAAAAUUAAAUAAGGUGGAUCUAUUGUUGAUAAAAAAUGAUAAAUGUAUAUGAAUCAAUGUUUUUUAUGCCUUAAGAAAUUUGUUGUUUUCUAUAACAUCCAUGUUUUUUUCUAUGUCCAAAUCGCUAAAGAUUUUUGUAUAGAUUACAUGUCACAAAAAUGCAUGAAAGGUGAAAGAAUUUUUCAACAAGUCCAUGAAUUUCUACAAUAUUUCAUCAAUUUAAAUGAUUUUUAAAUAAAAUAGUAUUAGAAAUAUUAAUAACAAAUUAAAUACAUAAAGCUUGCGUUUGUUUAAAAGUAAGUAAUCUUAGUUUCUGAACCAUUCAUGUGCCUGAUUGACUGUUGCAUAAGCAUAUUUGUAUUAUUCUUUUCACAACAACUUGUGAAUAUGUUCUUAUUUUACUGUAUUAAAUACAAUUUAUGUAUAUCUGUUACCGUGAUGUAAUCAUAUAAAACAUUAUUAAUGGUACAUUAUAAACCCAGCAAAGGUGUGUGUGCUUCAAAAAAUCGUUAAUAGACAGAAAUGUCAGUUGCAGGAAAUAUCGAUCUGAAAUUUGUAUGAGUGUCUAAGCAACCAAUCUGUGCAGGAUAAAAAAAAUCAGUUUCAAUGGUAUAAUUUCCCAGAAAUCAGUGUAAUUCUUGGAAGGUAAAAAAAGCUUACAUUGUGAAUAGUGUUCAAGCAUGAUUUUAUUUUAUCUCUUAACAUUUCUGAAAUAUCUAAACCUACUUGAAAGUGAAGUAGUUUUGAAAUAGGGAAACUAGAUUAUUUUUAUGAUAAAACUGUUGCUAUGUGCAUUAAAUGAAAAGAUUUUAGUAAACCUUUAUGUGCUUUUUUUAAACAUUCAAGGUCAACUGUGAAUAAUGGGGUGAAUUUAUUUCCUCCUAUGAUCUUUUUGUGUUUGUAAUUGUGACAUAAAUACAUGUAGACACAAAAUUGUCUUGAUCAUAUUAAAAAAAUGUAAUUUAAGUGUU